AAGAAAUCAAUAGACUGUUUCUUGAAGAAGAUAUAAGAUAUUUGAAAGCUAUUUUAGGUCAAUGUCAUUCUUCUAUCAUCACCUGUUAAUUGAGUUCCAGGCAGCGGCUCAAUUAACUGUAGUCGGUGUAACUCAUUCGGAACUUGACGCUGCCAACAUUCCUUUCCGGUUUUCUUAGUCUCAUGUUUGUGUUAUUUCGGAUUGUUUUCAAUUGCUUCGUACAUUAAAUAGAAAUUUACCUACGUCUCUAUUUGUUGCAAUUACAACUUAGUACAAUAAGAUGGAAAGUUAUAGUGCCAAUUUAGCGACACUGGAUACAUUCUUCGUUAGUUCAACAUUUGAUUCUUUUGAUGUUCUGUAUACAUUGCUAUUUGGGCUCCUUGUAUUUUGUAUUAUGGCACCGACUACAGAGUUUAUUUCUGCUGGUGUAACAUUAGAGAAUUUGUUUAAUCGAUUCCUUGGGAAUGAAAGCCUAUACUUUGUUCAAUAUCAUUUAAAGAGAACUGCACUAAUACGAUUAUUUUCAUCGUCUUUAGUAUUUUUGUAUUUUAUGUUCAUGCAGUUUUUAUCUAAAAAUGUAGCGAUUGCUGCUCCAAAUGUUUCAUUUCCAUUUACAAUUUGGGAUAUAAUUCUAUGGAUUGGCAUAGGCAGUUUAUCUAUCAUCGGUUCACAUACUUAUCUAGUUUGGUAUGGAUCUGGUACAUGGUAUGGUCAUCCGACAAUUUUAUCAUUGAAACAGAUUAUUAUGGAAUCCAGAUCUGAUUCACAAUCGUCAUCAUCAGCCACAGCACCAUCAUCUCUAUCAAAUGGCGCAUUUAGUGUUGCUAUAAAAGCUUUGGUAUCUUCGAUAAAUUCUGAAUAUCAACGUUCUGAUAAAUUCGUAGCAGGUCAAGGAAGUUUAUCAACUAAUUGGUCAGGUCGACGAUUUGUUAUCACAGAUUCAUGGAUUUUGACUUCACGUUUUACUGAAUUCAAAAUAGUUAAACAAUCCUCGGAAAAUAUGUUAGCUGUGGUUGUUUCAGCGUUUUCAGUGUUAGAUCCAAGCUCUUUAACUCAAGGUGGUCAACCUGAUGGAGAAAGUUUAGGUGUGCAAACAAUUGUUACAGUGAGAUUUAUACGUACAGAUACAGGGGUGUGCUUGCUUAGUUUUGGAUUGCCAGCAUCAAAUUUAGAUGAGUUACGCAGUAAACUACGUUUCCCUUUAAUACAAGCACAGGGUGUACAAUUGGAGCCAACAAUUAUUCAAAGAUUUAUUGAAGCAUUUACGCAAGUGGUUGAUGAAAACCAAGUGGUAAAUUUACCAACUGGCUAUGAAUUGGAACAAUGCAUUGGAUGUAUGGUACAACAAGCUAAUGUCACUUUAAAUCGUCAAUGUGAAAGUUCACUUAAUGCUUCUACGUCAUCAUCAUCAUCAUCAUCAUCAGUAGCAAAUAAUGAAAAUCAAUCAAUAGAAAAUGUUAAUCAAUGUGGUAUAUGCUAUUGUAGACCAUUAUGGUGUUUAGAAUGUUUAGCACGUUGGUUUGCUUCAAGACAAACAAAUUCACAUCGUCCACCAACUCAGUGGCUCUCUGGACGUGUACCUUGUCCAACAUGUCGUACAUAUUUUUGUGCUCGUGAUGUAUCACGACUUGUUACUGCUCAUCAACAAUCGUAUUAAGAAAAUCUGUUGUAUUUGAACAAGUAAAACUAAAAAAAAGUUGUACUUCAUUUGUGAUAUUAAUCUCUCUUUUUUCUUUCUAUCUCCCUCUCUCCCUCUCUUUUAUCUAUCUUUUGUGUACAAUUAAAUAAAUAAUCAACCAUAUAACUUACUCUAUCCUAUCGUCUUCCUGUUAAUCCUUCAAAAAAAACUUCCUUGUGAUAUUUAUUUCAUCUUUAUUUAUUACCUCAAUAACUGUGUGAAAGACAAAACACUAUCUUCGUUCUUGUUUCUCUCUUUUUUUAUUUAUUUUUAAAUUAUCGAAUUGUUGUCAUUUUCAUCUGCAUGGUUUUGUUUGUUUGCUUUUUUUUUACUGCUCUAUUUCUAAUUUUUAUAAUUCCUACUUUUUUUUUUAUAUAUAGUGUGUAUAAUGCUUUGAAUAAGUUGUGUAUAAUAAAUGCUUAACAGAAAAA